AUUACUCCAUGUCCGUCCCUUGAAAUUCCCAUUUCCGUUUUUCGGUGUCAAGCUUUGCGCCAAGAUGUCGCUCGUGAUUCCUGAAAAGUUUCAACACAUUCUUCGUGUCAUGGGCACGAACAUUGACGGUAACAGGAAAGUCAUGUUCGCUAUGACCGCAAUCAAGGGUGUUGGUCGACGUUAUGCCAAUAUCGUCUUGAAAAAAGCGGACAUUGACUUGGAUAAGCGAGCUGGAGAGUGCUCGGAAGAGGAAGUCGAGAAAAUUGUCACUAUUAUGGCCAAUCCUAGGCAAUACAAAAUUCCUGAUUGGUUCCUCAACAGACAGAAGGAUAUCGUUGAUGGAAAGUAUUCACAGCUCACGAGUGCCAACUUGGACUCUAAGCUCCGUGAGGACUUGGAAAGGAUGAAGAAGAUCCGUGCUCACAGGGGACUGCGUCACUACUGGGGUCUCCGUGUACGUGGUCAGCACACCAAGACUACCGGUCGUCGUGGACGCACGGUCGGUGUGUCGAAAAAGAAGUAAACUUUUAUACAUAUAUUAUGUGUACUAUUAAUAAUAAAUCUUUAAACGGUAAAUGUUUUUAUUCGAC